CGAAGCUGUUGCUGUAAUGAAGGAGUUCAAUCUGAAACAAUAUUAUGAGUCGAAACAUGCGUCAAAAAUGAACAAUUAUUUUUGGCCCAGUCCGUGCUUAAAAAUUGAGUUGAAAGAAGAAUUGAGUAGACAGCGAGCGUGUUGUGCAUUGAAACAAUUUACAUUGUAUCGAAAGAAAGUGCUGCUCGAUCAACAGAUUUGCCAUUGGAUAGUAAGUUUGCGAAGGAGUGUAUGUAGGCAGCGGCUCGAACGAUUAGCCUAUCAGGAAACGAUUUGAGAACAUAGCAGAAUAUCUGAUUUAAAGUUUGAAUAAUUAUUUAUAUAUUUUGGGUCAUAUCGGAAGAAUUUGAAAUUGUGGAAGUAUUGAUUUGCCUUUUCCUAAGAAAGAAACGACAAAAGGCAUCGAUAUCUUCAACGCACCGCGAUGGAGCUCCUGAUUUCUGUGAUUGUAGCGUUUAUAAACAAACGAAUAUUCAUCGUUCGAAAAUAUAUCAUAUACAACAUGAAGGAUUGUGAUGAUCUAGAACUGCAGGUCAAUGCAGAAGAAAUGUGCCGUACUUGCCUCAGCCAACCGCCUCUCAAUCAACUGAAGCCAAUUUUCUGCGUUGAAAUCAUUGACGGUAAAAUUAUUCCGUUCCCCAAAGUUUUAGAAAUAAUUAUGGGUGUGAAGCCAACGAAGGAUGAAUGUUUCCCAAAAAAUGUUUGUAUCGGCUGCAAAACAAAAAUGAAAGAUUUGUUCGCAUUCAAAGAGAAGAUAUCGAAAUCUUACGAUUUGCUUUAUGAAAUCUUCGGGGUGGAGAAACCUUUGCAACAACGACCAUGUACAAAAAGUCAAUCGUUUAGUGUAGGAAGUCAGACGGAUCCGAUUACUGUUCGAGAAACCGAGUUCAAUUUAUGUAGUGAAUUUCUUUCAAUCGAAAGGUUACCAAAACCAGAACAAAAGGAAGUGUCGCUUCAAGUUAAACCAACAAUGCGUGAUUCCUCAUCUCAGGCCGUUUCGGUGUCCGAAAUCAGGAAAGAUGUCUCAGUUCAGGUCGAAGAUAUGGUGGAGCAAAAUGAGCAUUUGGAAGCAUACUUGGAUGAACCGGAAAAGUCAGACGAACUCAUCGAAUCCGAUAUAGAGGGUAAACCACCGUUCUGUAACAUGGACAUAAUUGAUGGAAUGAGUGAUUCAGAAAAUUCACAAAAUAUUCAAGAGGAAAACCUCGAAGAACUCGACAUGCGCGAGGAUAUAGAAGAAAAUCAUGAAUUUGAUGCUACAUCUAUGAAAAGCAAAAACAAUUCAAAUGUAAAAUUUGAACCACUUCCCGAGCAAGAUUAUGACCAUGAACCAGUUGAGUAUGUGACGUAUGAAGUCAUUGAUGAAUGCAAUGAUGAGACUUCUUCUCAAAAAAGUAAAUCAUCUAUCCAAGAUGAACCACCUGGAAAAGACCCAUUCGAGUGCAAAUACUGCAAAUAUGUAACCGAGAGCAAAACUUCGUUCACCAGUCAUAUUAUGAUACAUCAGCAAAGCUUAGAGAAUAUCAUUGAUAGGGUUGAUUACUUUCGCUGUGGGAAGUGUAAAACCGUCUAUACAAAAUCUGCUGAAUUGGCGUCACAUUUUAAUGCUGACUCAUGCACUGCUGUCGAUCAGGACGAUUUUUCCGAAUCUACUGAUACCCAAAAGCAUGAGCAUGUGUAUAACAAUGAGUUGGAUGUUUGUCUUCCAAGAAUGAAAUCAUUCUACAAGGAUAAAUCUCACAUUGUUUGCAAUGAAUGUUCUUUGCCGUUUACAAAUUUAUCAAAGGCUCUCCAACAUUUUGCUUCGGUUCACGAAAAAGAAGACGAUUCGCGACGAGAAGUUAACCAAAUAUGGGAGGAAAACGGAUACGAUCAAAUUCAUGUGUGUGGAGUAUGCAAUGACCAGUUUGCAGAUGCUAGUUUUAUACGGCAGCAUGUAUAUUUCCAUCGUAAUUUAUUCGAAUGCCCAUACCAUUGCCCGGAAAGGUUUGAAGAUUUUUUCAAAUUGACCAUCCAUAUCAGUAAAAACCAUUUGAAGGCAAGAACUGCACAAAAUUCUUCUCUGGGUGGUGAACAAAAUAGCACACAGACUGAGUUUGAGUGCGACGUAUGCUGGAAAAGAUUUGUAUCUAAGACAUCUUUCAAGAUGCAUAUGAAGAAUCAUUUUGCUAAACGCCGUUUCACCUGUACGAUGUGUCCGAAGGCUUUCUUCCAAAAAUCCGAUCUAACCAUUCACAUUCGCUCACACACUGACGAACGACCGUUCACGUGCACCGUUUCGGGAUGUGAUAAAAAGUUUCGCACGUCCAGCCACCGACGGGAUCAUAUGUCUACACAUGCUGAGGAAAAAAAAUAUCAGUGCGAUAUUUGUCAAAAACAUUUCAAAUCGGAGCGCAUCCUCCAAGGACACUUAAGAUUACAUUCAGGACUCAAGCCAUACGAUUGUGAACAAUGUGGUAAAAGUUUCAGUCGAAAACAUCACGUGAAACUACAUAUGAAAACUCAUGAAAAAUAUGGUGACUUUCCUAAAGUUCAAAUAUGA